AUGAGCCAGUCCUCGCCUCCUCAGUUCGUCUACGAAAAGGGACUGCUGUGGCUGGAACUCGACGAUCCUCGGUGCCAUGAACCUUAUGGGUCAGCGCGAGUUUCGUCGACGUACGCCUACGGCCUGAGCCAGGUUAUGACAGCAGGAAGUAUUAGUGGUCGAAACGCGUCGAAGCGCUGA